UAUUCUCUGAUGCAAGCUCUGACUGACCUUGCGAUUUGUACUGUUAAAGGUCUACACGUGCGGAUAACAGGCUAGUCAGAUCUCAUUCGCUUUCGUGUUUAAGAUCUAGAUCUAGAUCUAUCAAGUAUUUAAAAUGACUUCAGUUUCAAAAAAUGUUAUCAUUUUUAAUGGUGCCUUUAGAAGAUGUUGGUUUCAAAAGAGGUUUAAGUCAGAUAAAGUGAAAGGACAUGUAAUUGGAAUAGAUUUGGGAACCACAAACAGCUGUGUGGCUGUGAUGGAAGGUAAACAAGCAAAAGUCUUAGAGAAUUCAGAAGGUUCCAGAACCACACCAUCUGUAGUAGCAUUCACUAAAGAUGGAGAAAGACUUGUUGGGAUGCCAGCUAAACGUCAAGCUGUGACCAACUCUCAAAACACAUUGCAUGCAACCAAGCGCCUGAUUGGUCGUAGAUUUGACGACCCUGAAGUGCAAAAGGAUAUAAAAACAGUGCCCUACAAAAUAGUAAAAGCUUCCAAUGGGGAUGCAUGGGUGGAAGCUCAAGGAAAGUUAUAUUCACCUAGUCAGAUUGGUGCAUUUGUCUUGACCAAAAUGAAAGAGACUGCUGAAAAUUACUUAGGCACUAAAGUCAAGAAUGCUGUUGUAACAGUUCCAGCAUACUUUAAUGAUUCACAGAGACAGGCCACCAAAGAUGCUGGUCAAAUAGCUGGGUUAAAUGUUCUUCGAGUUAUUAAUGAGCCAACAGCUGCUGCACUUGCCUAUGGAAUGGACAAAACUGAAGAUAAAAUAAUUGCUGUUUAUGACUUGGGUGGUGGAACUUUUGAUAUUUCCAUAUUGGAAAUACAGAAAGGUGUCUUUGAAGUGAAGUCAACAAAUGGAGAUACUUUCCUGGGAGGUGAAGAUUUUGAUAAUGCUUUGGUGAAUUUCUUAACUACUGAGUUUAAGAAAGAGCAAGGCAUUGAUAUAACAAAAGAUUCUAUGGCAAUGCAGAGGUUGAGAGAGGCAUCAGAGAAAGCUAAAUGUGAACUCUCAUCUUCAAUGCAGACAGAGAUAAAUCUUCCUUAUUUAACAAUGGAUUCCUCUGGCCCUAAACACAUGAAUCUGAAAUUAACACGCUCCAAAUUUGAAUCUAUUGUGGAAAACCUAGUGAAGCGAACUAUUGGUCCUUGCCAGAAAGCUCUGCAAGAUGCUGAUGUCAAGAAAACUGAUAUUGGUGAAGUUAUCCUUGUUGGUGGCAUGACACGUAUGCCCAAGGUACAAACUACUGUUCAAGAAUUAUUUGGGCGUACACCUAGUAAAUCAGUUAAUCCAGAUGAAGCUGUUGCUAUAGGUGCAGCCAUUCAGGGAGGUGUGUUGGCUGGAGAUGUUACUGAUGUUUUACUUUUAGAUGUGACUCCACUUUCUCUUGGCAUUGAGACACUUGGUGGUGUUUUUACCAAACUGAUUAAUAGAAAUACAACUAUUCCAACAAAGAAAAGUCAGGUCUUUUCUACGGCUGCAGAUGGUCAAACUCAAGUUGAGAUCAAAGUUCACCAGGGCGAAAGAGAAAUGGCAGCUGAUAACAAACUCUUGGGACAGUUCACAUUGGUUGGCAUUCCACCUGCACCCAGAGGUGUUCCACAGAUUGAGGUUACCUUUGAUAUCGAUGCUAAUGGUAUCGUGAAUGUGUCAGCCAGAGACAAGGGAACUGGAAAAGAACAACAAAUUGUCAUCCAGUCAUCUGGAGGAUUGUCAAAGGAUGAAAUAGAAAACAUGGUUAGAAAUGCUGAGCUCCAUGCUGAAGAAGACAAGAAGAAAAAAGAAAUGAUAGAGGUACUGAAUCAAGCUGAUGGAAUCAUUCAUGAUACUGAAAGUAAAAUGGAAGAAUAUAAAGACCAGCUACCUAAAGAAGAGUGUGAUAAACUGAAGCAGAAGAUAGCCACUGUGAAAGAAAUCAUUGCCAACAAAGAGAGCAAAACACCAGAAGAAAUCAAGAAAGAAACAUCUGACUUGCAACAGGCUUCCCUGAAAUUAUUUGAAAUGGCAUACAAAAAGAUGGCUGCAGACAGAGAAGGCUCAAGUGGUAGCUCCAAUUCUAAUACCAGCAGUGAGGACAAGAAAGAAGACAAAAAUUAAAGUGAAGAAAGAAGACAAAAAUUAAAGUGAGAAGAAGAUUGGCUUUAAAACAAAGUGUAAACAAGAAGAUUAUUAACAUUGUGGGUGUGAUUAGAACAGUAUGAUCUGCAUGUAUGAUAUAGUAAAUAGUUAAGUAUGAAUGUGUAGAGUGUUUUCAUUGUUCAAGAACCAGAUUUACAUUAACAAAAUGUAUUAUUUCCACUGUUUCAUGUUUUCUGACCAUACAUCAUGCAUCAUUCUUUUUUUUUUAUCAUAUUUAUUGUGUUUUUGUUUUUCUGAUAAUUGUAUUGCUGAAAACUUUUGUACAUUUUUUCACAAAUAAUGUUGAAUUAAAAUUAGAUGUUAAAUGUUAAGACUUUUUUUUUUUUAAAUUAACCGUAGGCCUAUCUAUUUUUUUUUACUGGGCAUUUUAUGAUUAUAGCAGUUUGUCCAAAUAAUGUGAUAUAAAGAACAAUAAACUGUAAAAUAUCAA